CUUCAUCGCCAUGUAUGACAACGCCACCAGCUUCUACAAAUACACCGUCUAUGGAUACAACACCAACGGCUUCUACAACUACACCAGAUGAAGGUAAUGAUACUACCCCAAGUAAUGAUAAUGCACCAUCUAAGGAUACAACACCAACUACUUCUACCACUACUCUACAUGCAAGUGAUGAUACUAACCCAAGUAUUCAUACUGAACCAUCUUUGGAUACAACACAUACUAUUUCUACCACUACUCUACAUGCAAGUGAUGAUACUAACCCAAGUACUCAUACUGAACAAUCUAUGAAUACAACACUAACAGCUUCUACAUUUACUCUAGAUGCAAAUGAUGAUACUACCCCAAGUACUGAUACUGAUACUGCACCAUCUAUGGAUACAACACCAACAACUUCUACCACUACUUCAGAUGCAAGUGAUUAUUUUCUUGAUGUAAUUCGGUGUGCUCUAAAUACCGAAGUGACUAAAACAUUUGAAAAUCAAAGUAUUAGCAGCACUGGAAAUAUUCAUGUAAAUGUGAAUGUAAAUUACAAUCCAACCAUCAUUAAACACUGCGAAGAAGUAAACAUAAAUAAACCAAAGUACGUAGCCAUCGACAGCAAACUAAAUCUCUUUGUUUGGGAAAUCCUAGAGCAUCGUUUAACGGCUGGACAACUUCAUUUGUCAAGUUUAGAGGAGUCUGUGAGAGAGGAGUCUCCAUAGGUUAGAUCUAGCCAGCGAAUGACUGCCCUAGUGGAGCACAAGACUGAUAUACUGGCUGGGUACAGGGUAGACUGUGUUUGUGUAGCAUAUAGAUCAAAUGUAGACUAUGUUUAGAUACUAUAUAUAAAAUACGUAGACAAUAUUAAUUAUGUAGACCAAUGUAGAUUUGUAAAAGAGUUAUUUCACUUGCCAUUGACAAGAGACAUCUCUCAUUAUUUGAAUUUAAUAUGGAAAUUGAAAUAAUGUUAGAAGUCAAAUUUAGUGACUAAUUUAGUAACUGUUUUAACUGUUUCUUACUAAAAGAUUUUAGCCAAAUAGACACGAGUCAAUAUUUAGAAAUUUGCAAGCACAUGUGUAUUUCUUGUUAGUUUUACUGUUAUAUAGUCUACUAUUUUAUCUUGUUAAAUUUUAAGACUAAAAAUUUCACAAUUUUUGUCAAUGUCUUAUUAUUCUAUUAAGCCUAAAACGGUAGGUCUUUAACAUUUGUGUAAGUGCACCCAAUAAACAUUCUAUUACUGAAAAACAUUAAAAGAUCUCUUAACUUGCUGUCUGCAC